ACGCAUGCGCACCUGGGAAAUGAUGAAGAUCCCAAAUCGAGUCCUUGCCGAUUUUGUUAUGAUUUUGGCAUCAUCAGACCAAUGUGGCCACCAAAAUCUAUUUGAUACGAAAAUAUAACACACUUGCUUUCAAUUAAUUGGAAAGGCGACACAUAAAAUAUUAAAUACAGCUACAAUAUAACCCUAUUUGCACUUUAUUUAGAAGGUGAAGGCCAUUUGCCUCUCAGCUGGGAUAAGUCACAUGACACCAUAAUGGCCGCAGGUGUUUUUUGACAAGAGCGAGUGGCAGUGAGUACGUUCAACCUGUGAAAACCAAACACUCUGCAGGAUGGACGUACACGACAGUUUUCGUAACCGAACACAAAACCGACAAGUGUGCGUCCAAAGACGAAAUCUGGUUCAAAUAUGCAGGUUUACAGUGAAAAGUCUGAUUGACAAAGCAUCGCUCACCACUGUUGAUGAUGAGUGUGGAGAGGUCAUCAAUUUCUGUGCAGUUCUGGAGCAGCUGCUUUCACACAGAUUGAAAGCCCAAAAGACCUGGUUUACUCUAGAUGAGGAUCAGUCACAUUUCUGGAGUUACAUAAAGGUUGCAUGCAAAAAGGUGCCCAAUAAUUGUAUCAAUAGUAUUGCUAACCUGGAGAAUGUCAAAUCUCCUUUGGCGAAGGGACGAGCAUGGAUUCGGUGCGUUCUGAUGGAGAAGCGGUUGUCGGAAUACCUUAAUGUGGCUCUACAACAAACAAAUAUUACAAAAAAGUUUUACCAGGAUGGAGCUGUGAUGUUAACUGAUGAUGCUAAUAUGUUGAACGGAGUUCUGUUAGGACUCAAUGCCAUCGACUUCAGUUUCUGCCUGAAGGGUAAUAAUGUGGCUUUGUCCAGCCCAUUGGAAAUUGACUUUACUCCAUACCUGAGGUUCCAACAGAGUCAGGAGAGUCUCCAUAGUGACGCAGAGGAGCUACAGGAGUUGAGUACCAUAUCUAGUAUGACAAGCAGCAUCAUGAGCGAAGAGAUCACAAUUCUUGGGGACGACACCUGGAAAAACAAGUACAAAGCUUUAGAGGCCAAAUAUAAGACAGCAAAUGAACAAAAGGGCUACCUGGAGGAGCUAGGGCGGAUGAGGGAACAGCAGCUGUACCAGCUGCAGCACCAACGCCAGACCCUCAUUAACACUGUCCACCAGUUUGAUGUGGAGGGGAAAAAGGAGCGGCACCAACUGGAGCUUGUUAUACUGGAGCUUCAGAAACAACUCUCUGGUAUGAAGAGACAAUGUGAAGUCCAGCAACACAAAUAUACAAGUCUGAUGAGGAAGCUACAGACUGGACAUGUAGAUAUGGAUGAUGUUAACUUCGUCAAUGCCCCACCUUCUCCAGGACAGUCAGCCUCAGAUAGUCACAGGUCUAGCUACAGCAGUAGUGAUGCCGGCUCCACCCUCCCAGCCUCAGCUGCACGGCUGGCCAUACCUGGGCCACAAGCCACACAAGGUCAGUCACUAGGUGUGGACACCAGUACACAAAAAGAGGACACUCAGAGCAUGAUCGCCAUGGCUGGCUCCUUUACAUCCCAGACCAGUGUACAAACCAGCGACACCACUCACAGUCACCCAACCAUGGUAGACGGGCGACUUCACCUGCUUGUUACAUCGCCGGAGCGAAGACGAGGAAGCUCUGAAUUCAACACUCCAGAAAGGAGAGUAAACUCUGGAGCAGAUAGAAUUGGAAAUAGCUCAGAAACAAGUACUCCUAUAAAAAGAGGCAAUAAAUCAGGCACAGAAAAGGGAGAAACGCCUAAUAAAGCUGGCUCAGAAAACUUAAAAAUACAGAAUGUUGAUAACAAUAUUCAAAAGGAUGUGUACUUAACAACAAAGGAAGAAGAGUUUGUUAUGGUACCUGAACAAGCUCAGGAUGCUUCUGCUUUCUUAUCUUUAUCAGAUGCAGGAGCUGACCAAUCUGAAGAAAGAUUACAAUCUGAUGAAAGAACUGACCAAUCCUGUGAAAGUUUACAAAGUGUAGACCUGUUAACAAAUGAUAGUAAAGAAAUCCCUGCUGUGAGUCAAGAGACACAUGAUAUAGCCAAUGAAAAUAUACUACCUGAAGACCAAAAAGAAAUUCAAAUAGAAGGAAAAGACGAAGACAAAGAUGGAUCAAACUCAGGAAGUGAUGACAUCAUGGUUUUAUCAGAUGUUAGUUUGACAGACUCUGAUGGUUGCACAGAUCAGAAAACAUAAUAACACCAUGUAUUAGUACAAAACAUUGUACAAAAUGACAUUAUUCCACAAAAAGUGUCUCAUUUCAGACACCUGCAAGGUAUAUCUAUAAAUAAGACAAAUAGGUAGUCAUCUAGACCUAUCUAUAACAUAUAUGGUAAACCAAUCUUACAUUUAUUUGAGGACCAAUCCUGUGACAAUAUAUCAUUUAUGAUAUAGUUAAAAUUUUUAUCUUGGUACAUCCAUAAACUUGGAGAUCUAUUACAGGUAUUAUGAAAAAUGUUCUUGAAGACUAAAAAAUUACUAAAUAGAUAUGAUAGUAGUUACAAUUUGUGUGACAUUUACCGCUAAACAAUGAUAAGAUAUUCAUAUUAUAGAAAUGAAUACAUUGUUAUAUCAGCAUGGAUAAUAUGUAUUCCUGAUUUUGCUUUGUGGUAAAAGCUGGUAAUCUGUGUUCAUAUUAAGCUGAUCCUCCAGAAUAAAUCCAUUGUAAAUGAACUUUCCUGGAAUAAAAACUUAAAUUACUUUGAUUUCCGACCUGCAUUAAUGUUGGGAACUUUCAUUACUUCAAAGUCAACUAAUUCUUCAUACAAUGUCUUCUGAACCAAUUAUAUUAGAUCUCUUAUACAGAAACUUAUAAAAUACAGAAACUUAAAAACUUUUAUAAGGUGAAAACAUAUCUUACAAAUGAAUGAAUAAAUUACUGUAUUAAGAUAUAUGUAUUUAAGAUCCAUAUUUUAUGAUAUCUCACUUUAUGUAAGAUAAACAGGACUAUUCUCAUUUAAUUAAUGUAUAAUUGGCUUACCAUAGACACGUCUGUAAAUUACAUCAUCACAAAUGAUGUAAUAAAGCUUUUAAAGUGAGACCAUUCUAACAUCCAUCCAAUGUAUGUGUAUUAGGUAUUGUACCCAGUACUCUAUUGAAUAUAUGAGGAAGUUUGUGGUUUAUUGAUCAAUGUAUUGUGUGAUUGCAGUAUUACAGAACAUUUCACAAAGUGUUUGAGAUGUUCAUCCGGAAGUUGACCAAUAUAUUUAAAUAUUCCAGACUACGAGUCCUAGUUACAGUCACUACCCUCCAUGCAAUUUAUAUUAAAUCUUAAAAUGCAUCUUUCAUCUUCAUUUGAUAGUUUGCAAUUUUCCCCAUUUUGUUAAUUGGUUUAAGUGGGGUUUUAGUGGACAAUGGAUACAUAUGAACAAAAUUAAUCAAAAAUAUAAUUUAAAAAAAAAAAAUAUGAGUAUUUCCACCAUAGUGGUCGGCCAUCUCCUUUCUGAUGUGGUUAGUCCCGAGGUUGUUUAAAAGAUCAAAGAUACAUAUGUAAAAACUGUAAAUAUUUUAUACACAUUAUUGUCAGGAGUAUCUUUUAAAAAAAAAAUGAUCAAGUUUUAUUUCAAGCAUGAAAAAUACUGAGAUUUCUCUAAAUCACUUUGAAAGUAUGGACUUGAGAAGUUGUCAGGUAUUGUACAAAGGAACAAGUGAAGAGAAAAACAAGUAAAGAUUGCAUUAUAUAGCUGUUACAUCCUUCCAGGAUGCAUUUACUGUUUUUAAGUCAUUCCAUGCUCAACAGUUACUUUCUGGGACAGGUGUCAAAAUUCUUUCUGGAAAUGGUACCGAAAAACUUUUCAUUCUUUUGCACAUUUUGAAUUGUUGGAGCAUAACUGAAUUUGAAUAACUGUUGAGAUUUUUUGUUCAAACUUUGAAGUCGGAGACACUGCAGAGAAUGGCCAGAAGAAUGCUGUUUGGUAAUUUGCUUUAUAUCUUGUUCACAAGGUUCAGUGACAAUAACACUACAAAGGGUCAUAGCACCGUAAGUUACAGUUGAAUUGGCCUGAUUGUCAAAUUUGUCUCAGAUCUUAUUGGUAUAAGGCUGCAUGAAAAUCUGUUCAUAUUCACCAGUACUCAAGUUAUUAUGUUCACUAGAGAAGUUAAUGGACAAAAGGCCAGUGCAAUAGGUCACCACAAGUCUUUGGCUCUGGUAACCUCAACACAUACAUCAUUCCUGUUAUUGUUUCAAAAUGUAUGAGAAGUAGAAAUUGAUUUAGUCAACAAUUGAUUUGCCAGGGGAUGUAUUAAAUGUCUUUAUUUAAACCAUUGUAAGGGCUAUUCCAUUAAAAUAUCUACAAGGUGGACUCAAGGUUUGUCAAACAGGGACCACCAGCUAGAAUAGCCCAAAUUACUUAAAACUGAUGAUUGAAUGAAAUUAAUAUUUCCAAGGCUAGUCAGAAAGUUUUCAGCAUCCACCGAAUUGAUGUGUUAGUUUAAAUGAUGAUUUUGCUAAGCUGUGAUAAAUGCUAUGUUAUAUUGUAUUAUGUGUCUGUAUGGUACUCAGUUUUACCCACCAAUAAAGUAUUCAGAUAAAAGUGUCA